AUGGCAUCUGCAGAUGCCUUCUGCUCCGGAUUUAUCAAGGCCAUUGCCGGAGGGAACAAGUUCACUUCGACAUUCAUCAUCGAUGAUAUCCAGUAUCACUUCAGUGGAAGCUUCAACCCGGCCGUCCAAGACUUCACAUCCAACGCGGCGACGCUGGAAUAUGAGUCACUCGGGAGUUUGACCAGCAAUCGUGAUUUUGAUGGCAAGGUCGGGACCCAAACCGUCACGCUCGAAGUUGCCAAUGGCCCCAAGCUCACUGGCAACCUCCAACUACCAACCAAUCCAGCGUCUCGGGUGUCUGGAACCGGGACUUGGUCGCAGAACUAG